GUGUAAUUUCUGUUACAUUAGCACUAUUUAUGUAAUAAAAAUUCGAGGGUGAUGACACCUCCUUAUCUUGUUGUUAGCCUUCUCCUUCUUGUCCAUUGUCUCAUCAUUUAGCUCCCACUUACAGUACUUCCAUUUUCCAUCAAAAACCCAAAAUCCCACCAAAGAAAAGUUAAAGAAGAAACAGAAGAGUCUCAUCUUACAAACUGUUACUUCUCCAUUGGUGGGAAACUUGUGAUUUUUCCAAGAAAUCGGCCCUCUUUUUUCGUUUUUCCAUCUCUUUUGCUUUAACCCUUUUUUGGGUAUUCUUGAAACAGCAGAGGAAUUGAUUGAGCUGCUGCAGCUAGCUGCAUGCUUUACUUGGAUUGAAAAAGAUUUGAUCUUUAUUUGGAGUUCUGUUUUUCUCUCUGCAAAAAUCAUGAAAUCUUUGAAGUGUUGAUGUCUGCUUCUGUUUGUACUGAUCUGCACCAGCCCAUGGUAGGGAUAUACACAGACUGGAAUCCUUGUCCCCUAAUGUGAAUAGACCAUUUUGCCCCUCCCCCAAAAAUACCCUUCAAAAAAUGACCAAACCAGCCAAAUCCAUUCUUUCCCUCCAAAUCCUAACUGUUUUCUUGAUCUCAUUAUCCUGUUUCAAGCUGUCCCAAUGCCUACAAUCAGAGGUGGAAGCCUUGCUAGAAUUCAGGAAACACAUAAUUGAUCCCUUAAACCACUUACAAUCAUGGAAAGAUUCAGAUUCAGAUUCCCCUUGUAGAUUCUAUGGAAUCCAUUGUGAUCAAGGAAUGGUCACUGGGAUCUCUCUAGACAAUCUAUCCCUCUCAGGGCAGAUAUCGCCAUCGCUCUCCGCCCUGCACGGCCUCGCCUCCCUCGCCCUCACGUCUCACUUGCUAACAGGGCCUCUCCCGGCCGAGCUGAGCAAGUGCUCAAACCUCAAAGUCCUAAAUGUCUCUGGUAACUACUUGAGUGGAAGUGUUCCUGAUUUCUCAAUGCUGACGAACUUGGAAGUGCUCGACUUGUCGCUUAACUCGUUCACAGGGCCGUUCCCGGGCUGGGUCGGGAGCCUGACCGGCUUAGUUUCAUUAGGCCUUGGUAUGAACAGCUACGAUGAGGGCGAGAUUCCUCACAGCAUUGGCAAAUUGAAGAAGUUGCAAUGGCUCUACUUGGCUAACUCGAGCUUGAAGGGUGAGAUACCCGAGUCCAUCUUCGACUUGGAGGCGUUAGGCACGUUGGAUAUAUGCAUCAACAAGAUCACAGGGAGGUUUCCGGCUUCCAUCUCCAAGAUGAGGAAUUUGUUCAGGAUUGAGCUGUACUCGAACAACCUCACAGGCGAAAUCCCGGCUGGGCUAGCUAAUCUGACCGAUCUCGAGGAGUUUGAUGUGUCGAACAACCAAAUGCACGGUGUGAUCCCAAAGGAUAUUGGGAGUUUGAAGAAACUAACUGUGUUCCAGUUGUUCAAGAACAACUUCUCAGGGGAGAUUCCAUCUGGUUUCGGAGAAAUGCAGCAUCUCAAUGCAUUUUCCAUCUAUAAAAACGCGUUCACAGGAAUUUUCCCACAGAACCUAGGCCGUUUUUCGCCUUUGAAUAGCAUAGACAUAUCGGAGAACAGAUUCUUCGGUCCGUUUCCUAAGUACUUGUGCCAGAACAAGAAUCUUCAAUACUUGCUUGCAUUGGAGAAUGAUUUCUCAGGGGCGUUUCCGGAUAGUUAUGGUGAUUGUAUCCCUCUGCAGAGGCUGAGGGUUAGCCAGAACCGGCUCAACGGGUCCAUUGCAGACAGGGUUUGGGGGCUUCCGAACGUGCAAGUCAUGGAUUUUAGUGAUAACAGCUUCAGCGGGAGGGUGUCACCGGACAUUGGGGCAUCGUUGCAGCUGACAGAGCUAAUGCUGUCAAACAACGGAUUCUCGGGUGAGUUGCCUCGAGAGCUCGGUGGUCUUGCCUUAAUGGAGCGUAUCUACUUGAACAAUAACAAAUUCUCUGGUGGUAUACCUUCACAGCUCGGGGCGUUGAAGCAGAUCGCGUCGUUGCAUUUGGAAGGGAACGCCUUAUCCGGAUACGUCCCUGCAGAGUUGGCUAACUGCACAAGAUUGGUGGACUUGAAUCUUGCUUCAAACCAGCUGAGUGGCUGGAUUCCAAGGAGCUUCUCGAACAUGGCCUCGUUGAACUCAUUGAACCUCUCGAGAAACGAGCUAACAGGGUCGAUCCCGAAGGACUUUGACAGGCUGAGGUUCUCAUCCGUGGAUCUGUCGGAUAACCAGUUGUCAGGGAGUGUGCCUUGCUAUUUCGUGAUGGUGGCCGGUGACAAGGCACUCGCUGGGAACGACGGCCUCUGCUUAGACGACGACGAGGAGGAGGGGAAGAGGAAAUUCACUGACUCUGCCUUGCCUCUCUGUGUUCAUCAGAGAAAUGGACACAAGAGCUUGAUUAAGAGCAAGUUAGCGAUGUUAAGCAUCAUCCUAGUCACCCUCAUUGUCUUCCUCGUCGGGCUGCUGUUUGUGAGCCAUAGGAAUUUCAAGAAAGGCGAGGCAGCCGCGGGGAUGGGAGACGAGAAGGGCGUGCUGCCUUGGAAGCUCGAGAGCUUCCAACAAGUGGAGUUUGAUGUGGAUGAUAUAUACGAUUUGGAUGAGGAUAACUUGAUCGGGAGCGGGAGCACCGGGAAGGUGUAUCGCCUUGACUUGAGCAAGGGCUGCGGAACCGUUGCUGUGAAGCAGCUGUGGAGGGGGAAUGGGGUGAAGCUCAUGGCUGCAGAGAUGGAGAUUCUUGGAAAGAUUAGGCAUAGGAAUAUAGUCAAAUUGUAUGCUUGUUUGAUGAAAGAAGGCUCGAAUUUCUUGGUUUUCGAGUACAUGUCGAAUGGGAACUUGUUCCAGGCUCUGCACCGAGAGAUCAAGGCCGGUAAGCCGGAGCUGGAUUGGUAUCAACGGUACAAGAUCGCGGUCGGGGCUGCAAAAGGCAUCGCCUACUUGCACCACGACUGCAGCCCGCCUAUCAUUCACAGAGACAUCAAGUCGACUAACAUACUACUCGAUGAGGACUACGAGGCCAAAAUCGCUGAUUUUGGCGUUGCGAAGGUGGCUGAUCAGUCCUCUCCGAAGGGGUCCGAGUGGAGCAGCUUUGCCGGGACCCAUGGCUACUUUGCACCGGAGAUGGCCUAUUCCCUCAAGGUGACGGAGAAGAGCGACGUGUACAGCUUUGGGGUCGUGCUGAUGGAGCUCGUGACGGGGAGGAGGCCGGUGGAGGAGGAGUUCGGGGACGGGAAGGACUUGGUGUAUUGGGUUUCGACUCAUCUCAGCAGCAGGGAGGCUGUGAUCAAGGUUCUUGAUCCGAAGGCGGUGCCUCAGCUCGUUCAGGACGACGCGAUCAAGGUGUUGAAGAUCGCGACGUUGUGCACGUCGAAGCUACCGAAUCUGCGGCCGAGCAUGAAGGAGGUGAUCAAGAUGCUUGUGGAUGCUGAGCCUGGGGCUGGCUUGAGGUCUCCAGAUAGUGUGGAGAGGAAUGAAAAAGGGGUGUGUUUAGACCAUUUUGGAGAUGGUUUUUAAAUUUGGUUUUUGUGUAGAUAAUUGUUAAUUUAAGUGUUUUUGAGAUUUUAAGGUUGGUUGAAAUCUCAAUAUAUAUGUAUGUUAUAGAUUGAUUAUGAAUGUCUCAUUUUGUAUGAUUUCAACAGCAAUUUAUGCAGGCAGGAAGUGCUGCUUGGGGUUA